CACACUUUUAGUUAUAAGUGAAUAUUUAACGCAAAAAGGAUGAGAUGAAUCGAUUGAUGGCAUUAUUCAUAAGGAACACUCCGUUAUCGUCAUCUUUUACUGAGCCAAUCACAACAAUUAGGCACUCUCGUCAUCUCCUUGUGAUUGAAUUGUCCAUUGUGUGAUUACGGUAAACCACGCGGAUAGGCAACAGUUUAAAUGGAUUGACAAAAACCAUCAGAAGCAUUUAUUAUCAUUAACUUUGAUCGAAACACUCUUAGACUUGCUCAAGGCAAUGGGAACAUUACGCUGGGGAAGUGUUAUGUCAGUCUUGCUUUUUCUAUGUACAAUUUCUAUUGCAAACGCAAGGACAGUGUUAAGAAAUGCAAACGAUGCUCUAAUACUAGAUGAACUAUUUGGUGAUUCUCCAUUUCCUGAAAAUGAUGAUUUUAGAUGGAGUUACCAAGAGCAUGGAAUUCCCGAGGAGGAUGUAGAACAAAGAAAUAUUUUAAUGAAAGUUUUGCGAAGUAAAACACAGACGAGAAGAAAGCGGCCACUGGGGUUCGAAAAUAUAGAUUUAGUCGCAUCACACUUUGACAAGUCGAGAGGGAAGAACCCAUUAUCAAUAUCUGGCAUGUCUUGGGAUGAUUUGAGAAACAUGAUGAAGGAUGCAGGGAAAAAACGAUAAAUCAUGUUACUCAUCUACAGCUAGGGUAUGUUUUUAUUUAGUUAUGUGCUGCGAUACGUUCGCUAAUCCACUGGUUAAAGAAAGAGCGUGAAUAGAAGCAACGCCCACGUACAAUUAAUUCAAUGCGCUCUACGAGUGCCCUCUACUCGUAUUUCAUCUGUUGACUUUGAAUGAACAUGGAUUUUGCAGUUUAAUUCUUCAAUCAAUGAAUAGAAUUAUUUGUUAUUGUAUUAGUCUCAAAUGGUGCAGUCACUCUCCACUUGGCUUUAACAUUUGAGACUGAAAAAAGUCUGAAUUUUAACUUGAUUUGUGAAUAAAAUAAAAGUUAAGUGAUUAUAUUUUAGACUGCAA